GCUUGCUGAGGCUGUUUGAAAAGAGGAUUGAGUGAAAGACAAAAUGUUUGGCUGUAAGGGUGGUUGGCAGAAGGUUCGCUCCUGGUUUACUCUAGUCUCAGGGUUAAUGGAAUGUUUGGGGUUUGCUGGCGCCGUGUUUGGCUGGGCAUCGCUGGUCUUUGUGCUGAAAACCGAGGGCUACUUCAGUGAUCUGUGUGUGAACGCCACCGUAAAUGGAACUAUCAUUGAAGAUUGCAGAGGGCAGGAUGAGCAGCUUUCCCUCAUCUUUACUAUCGCCUCUUUCAUGAACAACUUCCUCCUGCUGCCAAACGGCUUCCUUUUUGACCACUUUGGUACCGCGGUUGCCAGACUACUGGGAAUAUCCGUUUACACUACAGGAAUGUUGUUAAUAGCCUUUUCAAGCCCUGCUAACUCCAUCCUCCUCUUUCCUGCUCUGUCCUUCAUUGCUGUGGGGGGAAUUCUGUUCUUGGUGACCAAUAUUCAGGUGGGGAAUCUCUUUGGCAAACAUCGCUCGACUAUAAUCACUAUGUAUAAUGGAGCUUUUGACUCUUCCUCAGCAGUCUUCCUCAUCAUCAAGCUGCUGUUUGAGGAUGGUGUCUCUCUGCGAGGGUCUUUUCUCUUCCUGUCCUGCUGCAGUGUCAUUCAUGUGUUCCGUACAUUUGUGCUCUUGCCUUGUACACGUAUCCCAUACCCCCUCCCUGAGAACUUCACCUACGGUGUGAAAUGUGGGGAGACUCAGGAUUAUGCUAUUGCAAUGACUGAAAAGAACAACAUCCAGGCUUCACAGACUGAAGAGGAAAUGCCAUUUAAAGAGAAUUCUGCCCAAGGCCAAAACACAGACAAAAUGGAGCAAGGCUUCAAGAGCUGUUUCCUGUCCUGGUUCUUUAUGUGGCAUAUGCUGUGGCUUUCUGUGAUGCAGCUGAGACACUACUUGUUCAUUGGGACUUUAAACCAUAUGCUAAAUCAUCUUGCUGGUGGAGAUCCAGGCCUUGUGAGCAGAUAUACAAAUGCGUUUGCGUUCACUCAGCUGUGUGGUAUCCUGUGUGCCCCCUGGAACGGCCUUAUCAUGGACCGCCACAAGGGAAAAGAACGGGAACCAGGACAGAGUGAGCAGGAAGCUGACCUGAAGGCAGCCGUUCUGUCCCUGUCACUGACUGCACUUCAGUGUUUGCUGUUUUCAGUGUGUGCCGCCAUACCUAUCCUCCCUCUGCAGUACCUCACCUUCAUCCUUCAGGUCCUGAACAGAUCAUUCCUCUACGGAGGAAAUGCUGCCUUCAUCAGUGUGGCGUUUCCACCAGUACACUUCGGAAAGCUGUUUGGAAUGGUGAUGGCUCUCUCAGCCAUGGUGUCUCUGCUCCAGUAUCCCUGCUUCACCCUUAUAAAAGGACCACUAGGUGGAGAUCCUCUCUAUGUGAACAUCGGUCUGACCGUUCUGAGUCUCCUGGCCUUCAUCAACCCUCUCUAUGUUUAUCUGCACUGCCGGCGUCAAGCAGCCCAGCGAGCCAGUACCAACAGCAGUGCCUCUUCAUAAGCCCACUCUGCAAAGGGAAUAUCAGCCUGACCUCUGACUUUUAAAACUGCUUUGUGUUACUUGUUUUUUUUUUCUUUAACAAAAAGAGACAAAAACAUUCCUAUCAUGGAAAGGAAUGUGUUACUAACCUUUCCGUGACCCUUGACCCUGUGAAGGCAUGCGGUUUAUUAUCUGUGCUGAAUAUUACAGCAGGAAAUUUAACAGCCACCCUCCACCCUCUUUACUAAUAUUCUCGCACUCCCUGCCUCUUGGAUUUUGCAAUAUGGAGGGAGGCAUGUCAUUAUGAACACUCAUACACACGCAUAAAAGAAGAUUAUACGCAAAUAAGAAAAUAUUGAGAGGCUCUAGUAAAAGGCUCUUGCCAAAGAACAUACACCGUUAUGUGUUUCGUAAUGGCAAACUUUAAAGGAAUAGUUCAUUUGGAUUUAAAGGCAGAAUUAAGGUAAUCCAUACAUCUCAAGUGGUUUAAUCUAUGUCUUCUGAAGCAAUUGAAUUAUCGCAUUGGGUGAGACAACCGUGUUCUCUCAUGGUCGCGCCUAGACUGCUGAUUUAAGAUUUAUAGUGUAUAAGGACUUAAAUUUUGGUCUGUGUUUCACCCAAAACCAUAUCGCUUCAGAAGACUUGUAUUAAACCACUUGUGCUGUAUGGAUUAAUUUCAUGCUGUCUUUAUGUCCUUUUUGAAAAACGUUUUGGACCCCAUUGACUUACAUUAUAGGGACAUCAUACAUCUAUCAAAAUACCUUUUGAAGAAAAUCAUACAAGUUUGAGAGGGCAUAAGGGUGAGUAAAUGAUAAGAGCAGUGUCAUUUUUGGGUGAACUUUUCCUUUUAAAGUUGAAGUAUGUAAUUCUGGUGUCUAUAGCGACACCAAACGGAAUUGCAGAAAUAAUGGCUGCUUUCAAAAAGUUUGAUAAAGAUAAAAAUAAAAGUUAUAAAGAUAAACAUUUAUAUAAAUAUAAACGUUAUAAAAGAUGAUAUAAAGUUAUAAGACUACUAGAGUAGGGAUAAUCAUAAGGGAUCCCUGUUAGAAUAUGAUGACAUGGAGAUUUCAACCAAACAGGGGAGAAAUCUCUGCAAAUGUAUUGUCAAACUGGUAUAAAUUCAGUGUAUCUUGAACUUGCUAUUACUAGUAAUGCGCACUUAACUCCGUACAUGUGCACAAACGUCUAAAUUUCCUUCUCGACCAAUGUUUACCUGUUCAUGUGAAUUUGUAUGGUUGUUUGAGCCCUCUGUUGGACACUGAAGGAAUUACAUAGUGCUCAUAACCGUUUAACAGUAGUGUUAAUGAUCUGCUGGCUGAAAGACGUUUUUUUUUUUUUUCUUCAGAUGUAUCAGUAUUAUACGGAAGCUCUGAACCGCAAGGUGGAGAAAAAAAAAAAAAUAGGCUCAGGAAGGAACUGAGACACUAAGUCUUAAUUUUUUUUUCUCUCUUCCUAAAAGUUUUUUUUCUCUCUCUUCCAAAAUUUUUUCUUUUCUCUUCACUAAAUUUUUUCUCUCUUCCAAAA